AUGUCAGCAGGUUUAACAUUCUCAACUCGCUCAUUUUCUGGUCGCUGUAUUGUAACAACUUCGUUGCUAUUUUCAUUUGCAAUUUAUCAGUUCUAUUCGGCCAGUAUUGUGGGCACAUUGCUAAUGGAGAAACCCAAGACCAUAAGGACUUUACGGGAUCUGAUACAUUCAUCUUUGGAAAUUGGCAUAGAGGAUAUUGUCUACAACAGGGAUUAUUUUUGUGUUCGUACCAAAGACCCCGAUGCCCAGGAGUUGUAUGCCAAAAAGGUAACCAGCAUGCCGACAGCAGAUGGUACAGGGUUUGUGGAUGCCCCUCCCGAUAAUGUUGUUCUACCCACAUCCAUUAUUCCCAUGACUGAGGCCCAGAAGGCCAAGGCCUAUCGUGAUAUUUUACAUAGCCAUGAGACGGGUGCCCAUGCAAAGACCAAUGAGGCCUCCAAUUGGUAUGAACCCGAGUAUGGGGUGGCUAAAAUCAAAAAGGACGUGAAUUUUGCCUUUCACGUUGAUGUUGCCACGGCCUAUAAAAUCAUGGCCGAUACAUUUACCGAAAAGGAAAUUUGCGAUUUAACGGAGAUCCAGCUAUUUCCACCCCAGAAAAUGGUUAGCAUUGUUCAGAAGGGUUCACCACUGCGUAAACCUAUAACAUAUGGCUUAAGACGUGUCACCGAGGUUGGUCUUAUGGAUUAUGAGCACAAAAUUUGGCAUUCCCCCAGACCACGUUGUGUCAAGCAAUUGCACACGGAUGAUCUACGGGUAGGUAUUUAAAAAUUAUACAUAAAUAGAUAUCUACAGGAAAAAUCCAGCAGAAAGUAGAGACAAAAAUAGAAGACAUGUGUAUCAAAGUUCACAUAGCAAAGUAACCAAUACAAAGGGGGCAAGUUCUCCCCAUAACCACAUUUUUGGAAUACGUCGGAUUAAGAUUUCUUAAAGUUCUUACAGUUUAGGUAUGUAGUGUCUUCGGCAAUAUCAUUAUACGAGUGU